AUCAAAACUCCAUUCGACCCUGCUCACUUGAGCUCAACCUGGAAAGGGACUACACAGCUCCACAGUAGUGCGAGCAGAGGAACUCUGAAUUAUGUCCAGAAUCAAGUAGAAACCCUCCGCUCAUCAAAUUCUUUUCUCAAAAAAGGUUUAAUCUUUCCAGUCUUUAUAGUCUCUUUGCCUCACUCAAGAGUCUAUAAUUUUACUACUAAAUCCAGAAAAAGGUCCUUUAAAAAAAUGUCCAAUUUCAUCCCUGAAGAAAUUGUGACCCGAAUCCUCACAAGGGUUCCUGCAAAGUCUCUCAUAAGGUUCAGGUGCGUAUCCAAAUCAUGGAAAUCUUUGAUCUCCAGUCCUGAUUUCAUUUCUCUGCAUACCAGAGAAGCUUUUCUCUCAAAACCCACCAUCCCAGAUGAUAGGAUGCUUGUUAGGUGCUAUUCCAAACCCCAAAGAACUGAACUUUACUCUGUACACCACGACAAUGAAGAUUCCACUGUGGCAAGUGAGGUCAAAAUAGACUUCCCUUUUCGCCGUUUAGCUCAGUUUUAUUUCAGGAUUGUGGGUUUUUGCAAUGGGUUACUGUGUUUGUCUGAGGAUAUUUUUGGAUACAGAAACCUUAUUAUGCUGUGGAACCCUUCGAUCAGGCGAAAAAUGAUUCUUCCUGUGCCCCGCGCCGUUUUUGAGAACUUGGGGACUUAUAUGUUUGUGGUUGGAUUUGGAUAUGACGUGAAAAACAAUGAUUUUAAGGUUGUAAGGAUUGCUUAUGAUCAGUCUAGACGCGGGUAUAAGUUGCCUCCCAUAGUUGAAGUUUUUGCGCUGGGUGUAGGUGAUUGGAGGGAGAUUGAUGUUGAUUUGGCUCAAAACUGGGUGAUUGAGAACUUCUGGACUCAGGCGUUUGUGAACGGAAAGGUGCAUUGGGUUGCUUAUAGGUUGAAUGAAGAGAAGGAGAAUUUGAUUAUGGUGUUUGAUUUGAGCAAUGAGGUGUUUGAGGAACUGUUGUUGCCUGAUGCUUUGGCUGUUGAGUGUCCAAUAAAUAUGUGCACUUCUGUUUGUGAGGAUUCAAUUGCUGUUCUCAACUAUGAUAAGCGUGUUGGGACUGGAAGCUGUUCCAUUUGGUUGAUGACAGUAUAUGGCGAUGUAAAGUCUUGGAGCAAAAUGUACACAGUAGCUCUUGAAGGAGAAUUGGGGAAGAUAUUGAGUUUUAGGAAGGAUGGUAAUAUAUUGUUGACAGCAAGUGACGGAGAACUGUAUUCAUAUGAUCCAGAUCCAAGGCUUCAAGAAAUUAAAUACAUUGGAAUUUUGGGCACCAAAGAUUCAUUCUUUGUUGGUCGGUAUACGGAGAGUCUAGCUUUGCUGAUUGAAGGAGAAGAAGAAUUGGAAGGUCUACCAAAUGCGGCUGACUCUGGUUCUUCUGAAGAUGGCAAUGGAGGAGAGGAUUGUGAAGUUGAAAAGAUUGAGCUGUGGAAGCAGUCCAUCUUGGUUGGCUUUCUGAAAGCCCUACUGCUUGCACAAUGAUGCAGGAUCCUUUUUUGCUGUCUUUUGUGUCUACUGGGUAGCUGAUCCUUGUGCAACACUUGCUUUGAACUGCCCUUCCCGUUUUCUUUGAAUGAAGACUUUUAUGGGAAGUUGAUGUUGCCAGAGCAGUUGUAGUUGAUUAGACUCAGAUGAUGAUUGGAGACUUGAACCUUUUCAUUAAUUUAUCAAGCUGAAGCUCGGAUCAUUGAAUUCAAUCAAAUUCAAGUACUUGAUUAUCUUCCUGAUCUUGUACUUAAAUUACCAAGUUCCGUGGA